AUGCUAACAAACAUUUUUGUAAAACGAAAAGCGAGUUUUAUAAUAUUGAAUUUUAUUUAUUUUUUAUUAUUGCUUAUUCGCAAAUAUGGCUCGAAAAAAAUCUUUAUAUACUGUACAAUACUUCAGUCAUUGUUGUUUCCGGUAGUUGUUAUUCUAACACAAAUUUCAAAUGUUACAUUAUUUUGGAUUGUUUUAAUUUUGGUGCUGACGAUCAUACGACUCUGCGUGGAAGGUUCUGCAAUAACGAUAGCUUUAUUUUUAAAUAAUUCCGUCGAAGCAGAUUUGACGUGUACAGCUAACGGCAUCGGGAUGACAGUGUCGGCUAUUGGGAGGACCAUUACCCCGUCGUUAUUUGGAUCGCUAUUUUCUUGGUCACUUCACAAUGUUGAAAAGACCGCAAGACAUGAACAAGCUCUUCGUUUCCCAUUCAAUCAAUACUUUGCUUUUUUUAUUUUAGCUUUUUGUGGAAUAGCUAGUGCAUGUGUUUGUCUGCAUAUGUCAAAUAGCAUUAACUAUAAAAAAAAGAUUGUAGAACAAACUUAAAUAAAAAAUAUUUUAGAACAUAUUAUAUUCGACUAAAAUACUUUCUUGGAAGCUUCUCGUAGCAUAUUACUACACCAUCAGGUAAAAUGAAUUACGAAGAAAGUGGAUUACCAUAAUGUACACCUAAAGUUAAA